AUUAUUGACCUCGGCUCGUUUACUGGUACCUGAUAAUUUCUGUUAAUACUUUCGACCUUUGGCUAUUUCUCACGGACACUGAUCAAUCCAUACCGAUCGACCCCAGCUUUGCUUUACGGACUUGGCCGUGCCCGAUUUUUCUGAAGACUUGGCUUGUUUCUGUUGGAAAUUAUCAUGUCGAAGAUACCGGAAUAUUCGCGCCUGCACUGCUACUUUGGAUGUGAUGAAGGGGGGCCAUUGCAUCACUUUCCCAAGCCUCACAAUGUGGAAAGAUUUGCUGCUUGGAAGGCUGUGCUCUAUGACGAAAGCCAAGAAAAAAGUAACAUGUACAUUUAUAAUACAUACAAGCUAUGUAAUAAGCAUUUUGAAAAAUAUUAUAUAUUGCCAAGUAACCAGUUAACUAGGAAUGCAGUUCCAACAUUAUUCUUAGAACACAAUACCCAAGCAAACAACCAAAUAAGUGUAUUGCAAACCAGUGCAGAACUGGGACCUGCUACACAUAACCCAAAACAAGCUCCACAUAACCCAGAACCAGCUACAUCUAAAUGCUUGGAGAGUGGUUUCUUACCAAGUACAAGGUUCUCAAAGCAAAAAAACUGUGUGCAAGGCGGAACCAACAAAAAAAUAAUUCAGCAAUUAAAUAAGAAGGUUUUUAAAUUAACCCAAAAGUCCAAAAAUUUGACAAAACAAUUAAAAGAAGCAAAAAAAAUAUGUCGGACAAUGUUGCCCGCCAUCAAAAUUUCCUCUCAGGCCAACCAAAAAUUACAGUUCUGA